ACAAGCACCGCCCACUUCGCGGGGACAUUGAAGGCGCGGGUCCUUGGCAGGAAAUGGCUCUGCGCCUGUCGCUCCGGCAGGGCCGCUCUUUCGCCUCCAGCGGCGGACAAGCCAGCUCAGCAUUUCUGCACAGUAGAAGUAAUACCUUUAGUGCAAAACGAAGUAGUGAACCCACCAAGCAACCACUUAAGAAGCCAGUAACACCAGUAGGUCGUUUUGAUACACCAGAAGAAUCCAAUGUAGAAAAGGAAUCACUAGAAAAAUUUCCCAAUGAUAUCAAUCCAACAACAAAAGAAAAAGGUGGUCCCAGAGGCCCUGAACCAACUCGUUAUGGAGACUGGGAACGAAAAGGACGCUGCAUUGAUUUUUAACUUCUUUUUUUGGGGGGGGGGGGAAUGACAUUUGAGUGAAAAUAAAACCAAAAAGGGAGGUGGGAGGGAAACCACUUUACCUACAUAAACCAAAAUCUUCGUAUUUAGCUGUAACAAAAUGUAUUUGUAGUAUUUAAUUAGAGUCUCUGUGGAUGUUUAUGGUUAAAUCUAGUGAAAUUUCAUUUUAAUAAACUAAUGUGGAUAGGUUCUCCGCUGUUGAUUUGAGUGAUGCUACAGCAUUAUUAAGAAAAUAUGUAAAACUCUGCAUGAGAAAGUCUGGCAAAACUAGAGAUUUAUAGGUUUUCAAAGUGGUAUUUUGAUGUUUUGGUGAAGUUCCAUGACUGUGAUAAGAAUGCAAUAAGAUUUUAAUACUGUUGCAAUAUUAAACAUACUUAUUGGGGGGGGAAAUGUUGCAUUUAUUUUUCUUAUUGAAUUUAUUUCACUUUCAAAGAACACUUGGAUAUAUAUAUAUAUUGGAUUUAAUAUGACAAGAACAGUUCAUUAAUCAGAGUUUGCAGAAUAUCUUCAGACUUUAUUACAUACAGGCCAAAGUAUGGCAGAGCAAGGGACUUCUAAUAUUCCUUGAUUUCUAUAUAAAGUAAUGAAGCAAGUAAUUUUUCCACACAUAUGAACAUAGUUUAAUCAUGACAGAGGGAGUGCUAAACCUUUAACUGUAAAAUGUACUAAAAUUAGUACACUGUUUAGGCCAUUUAUUUUUAAACCAAAUACACAAAAUAAUUCCCAAUAAUUGCAAGAAGAUUGUUAAUUAUUAUCUAUUAGGUUUAUGUUUUUUUCUCUUUAGAAAUGUGAUAAUCCUGUGAAAGUGACUUUUUUCUUCCAAUCUAUUUCAUUUAUUGUUCCUCUGCACUUAAUGAAUUGUUUAUCCAUAUCUUUAGAAAAAAUGGCAAUCUUGAUUAUGCUAUCAUUUAUCUGUCUGAUCAGCUAGCUUUAUUUAAAUAAAAGUUUCCUUAUAAAACUAUUAGCUUAUUUAUAAAUAGCUAGAAAUGUGAAUUCUCAAGUGGAAGCACAUUCAGGUUUUCUGAAUAUAAAUGCAUUUCAUUAGUAUCUACAGUGCUUUAAAACAUAGCAUAUUAAUAUAGAUACAAAUGUCAAUAAAAACUUACUGUGUUGAAAUAAUUCUAGUGACAAUGGGUACUUUGUUUUGAAUAUUCAAAACAAUUUCUCCAAUUUAACUUCUUUUUUAUAUGAUUGGGUAAAUAUUUCAUGUUUGGAAAUCUUGAGAUUGAGUGGGAUCAUAUUCCUGUAGCCUAGUAUUUUUCCCAGUAUUCAUUUCAUUUAUUGAAUUUCUAUGCUGCCCAAUCCCGAGGGACUCCGGGCGG